UUCGCGUAUAGAGUGGUUUUUCUCCUUGCAAGAAGCAGUCGUACAACUCAGAAGUGUCCCAGAGUUCUCCAGUCACAGAGAGUGUGUGUGCAGCUCGCUAAGCUCUAGAUAGCAGAAGCAAGCCCCAGGAAAGCCAGGAAAAAAAGGGCAUUUUAAAACGUGAGUGUUGCGGUUUUUAUUCUCCGUUGUUGGCACAGACGAAAAACGAACCGGAAACCGUAAAAGGUUCUCCAAAGGUGCGGCGCGAGUUCGAGUUCCGUUUUGAGUUUUCUUCCUCCGCGCGUUCAGUUUUCGCAGCGCUCCAUUCGGCGAAUUGAGAAAAGAAGACGAAACCUUUUGCAACUAUCCGGCCCCCCAAAAAAUCGGGAUUUACGGAAAAGAACCGAAAACUUGGAUUAGUACCGUGUGAAUUUUCUUCGUGAAAAAAAGUGGUACAGUGUCACGUUUGAGUGGCACCAAGGGAACUAAGCAGCACCUAACCGGAAACAGAUCGCCAUAAUAUGUCGGAACGCGAAAACAACAUCUACAAGGCCAAGUUGGCCGAACAGGCGGAGCGAUAUGACGAAAUGGUGGAAGCAAUGAAGAAAGUAGCCUCCAUGGACGUCGAGCUCACAGUCGAGGAGAGAAACCUGCUGUCGGUCGCCUACAAAAAUGUCAUCGGAGCACGGCGUGCUUCGUGGCGGAUAAUCUCGUCCAUUGAACAGAAAGAAGAAAACAAGGGUGUCGAGGAGAAACUCGAGAUGAUCAAAAACUACCGCUCACAGGUUGAGAAGGAACUGCGCGACAUCUGCUCCGACAUCCUGGAGGUGCUCGACAAGCAUCUUAUUCCGUGCGCGACGACCGGCGAAAGCAAGGUGUUCUACUACAAAAUGAAGGGCGACUACCACCGCUACCUGGCCGAGUUCGCCACCGGAGGGGACCGCAAGGAUGCCGCCGAGAACUCGCUAGUCGCGUAUAAGGCCGCCAGCGACAUCGCAAUGACUGACCUUCCACCGACACACCCGAUCCGGCUGGGUCUGGCACUCAACUUCUCAGUAUUCUACUACGAAAUCCUGAACUCGCCGGACCGUGCCUGCCGCCUAGCGAAAGCCGCGUUCGACGAUGCAAUCGCUGAGCUGGACACCCUCAGCGAGGAAAGCUACAAAGAUUCUACGCUAAUCAUGCAGCUGCUGCGAGAUAACCUUACAUUAUGGACAUCCGACAUGCAGGGUGACGGUGAUGGUGAACAAAAAGAACAGAUCCAGGACGUUGAAGAUCAGGACGUGUCGUAAUUUGUUACGCGGCUCGUUUUAUGUGUGAAUUUAUUUUAUUAAUUAAAAAAAUAAGAUUAAGCAUUAUAAAAUAAGCUAUGCAUAAGAAAAAAAACAAAGAAAAAAAAGAAAAUUUCAUACACAAAAAACAUCAGGAAAGACACACAUCCUUACACACAUACAUUAGACGAACAUCAGAAGCAGAAAGGAAAACGAAUCCGAAGAGCGAGAGUGAAACAAAGGAACCACUAAACAUGUAUUGCAGAAGUCGUAACAAGGAGAAUAAGGAAAAAUAAGAGAACUCAUCAAUCGUAAGCCAUCAACAACAGCGAAUAAGAGUCAGUCAGAGUUCGAUACCGACACCAUCACACACACAUACAACUUUGCGUAUUCCCACUCGUCCUCGUGAAAACAUCCGGCAUGAACACAAGGAGUGAAAGAAGUAUAUAACAGUGUAAGAAAACAAUUGAACACGUCUACAACACACACACUCUCUCACACACGACACACGAUACACACACUUCACAUCUACAGACACCUCUACACACAACACAUGAUAACUUACUAUUACACAUCAAAACAAAAAAACAGCGUAUUAGAGCAUAUUGAUUACUAUAACUACUACUAGUAAAAAAGCUAGAAGAACACAGAUUCAGCUGAGUGGUGUAAAAAAGAGAACAAAAUCAUCAUCCAUUAAAUGUGUAUUGUUUUUGUCAAUAUAUAUUAAUAAAAAAUAAAGAAGUAAUAAAAAAUACGAAAAGCGUAAAAAAAUAAAAAUUGAACUAAAAGCAUAAAAAAGAGAAAGAGAGAGAGAGAGCAGCAAGCAAGAAUGCGAUCCAAGCAAAAACGGAAAAAGAAAGUAUAAAUAUUAGCUAUAACAAAAAAGAGUGUGUCACUUCAUGUUUUAGUAACAUACAACGUGAGAAAGCUGUUCAGGAAAAAAGGGGGAGAAGAAAAGCCACAGUGGAUGUAGGGGGGAUACGCGCGUGUUAGGUUCCAUCUUUUUUCCGGACUCGAUUUGCCAUGAGAUAAAACAUUCCCAAUUUGACGAAUGAGAGAGAGAAAAGCAGUAAAGUAUGAAGCGCGCGAACGCGUGGGCUAGGAGGGUUAGUAUCAAACUCCUACAUUUGUCCAGUGUUAUUUGUUUCAGUAUUUCGAUGAAAAGAUAUAUUCUCCUAGAGUAUUCUCGUAUAUCGCGCAACCGGUGAGAGGAUUUGGACGAAAAAGAUGAAAUACUCCUUUCGGAGUUUGAUAAACAGACUGACUGACUGGCUGGCUGACUCGCCUCGCGAUGGCUUUUCUCUCACUCUCUCUCCCCCUUCUUGCUGACUGCUUUAUUUGAACAUUAAAGCUUGGCGUUUCACUUCUUGUUUAACAAGUCCCAUGCUAAGAGCGAUACCCCAUUGCGUUGAAAAUGGGGAAUAUUAUCGAUUCAAAGGCUAUUAUUAUGUUAGAUGUAAAGGAAUUCAACGCGGAAUGACUAACGAGAUACACAUAAAACGGGAAAUACAAAAACUAUGAACAUCAACAAAUACAGGCAGCAACAAUAAUAAUAGGUUUGACGAGACAUGUUUGUUUUUCUAAUUUAUUCACGCUAAGGACCAAAGAGGCGCUUGCUCCCAACGUCCGCGUCUAACAUGGUUAGGAUUGUGGCAUGAAAUUUCCUCUUGGUUUGAUCAUGAAACCCUCGCCACGGUGCGAGGGUGGCGUUAUCGAUCCAUACGCGGUAAAAAGGAGCACAAACGAUCAUUCUUGACGAUCUAGAAUGAAAACAAACAUGCAAAGGAAGCAUCCUGCCUCAGUCCUAGCCUCUGUUCCUGGAAAAAACAUAAAGAUGGUAAAAGAAAAACGAAUGAAUUUUCUACUGGAUACAAUUUAAACAAAAAAGUCGAGAUGGUUUUUUGAGAAUAAGCGGAAAAUGAAACAUGAAAGCUACGUUGAGAAGUUUAGUGAUUACAGAGAGAGAGAACACAACCGUUGCAUUUAUGAAACAACACUCACUGAACCUACAAGAAAACACUCACUCUCGUGGACGACGAAUGAUGAACCUGUGUGAAUAAAGAACAAGAAAUGAGACAUGAAAAUCACACACACACACACACACAACAACAACAAACACAUACACGUAUCCCAACUUACGGCGGAAGAUCAGCAGAAGCAAACACAUUUAAGAAAGCUAUGUUUUAAUCAGCAGAAAAAAAGAAAAAAUCGUAAAUAAAGUAAACAAAACGUUUCUAGUAGUAGCCAUUGUCGGCAGCAGCUUUUUAAUUGCAGACACUAAUCCUGUAUUUAAGUGUGUUUUUUCUCUCGCAGCGUACUCGAUGUCCGUGAAAGUUCGACUAUUGGUUUUAUUUAUCAAAUUAUCUUUAGUUCCUACUCCAAUCCCCCAAUGGUGUGAUACCAAGCAAAUGAACCAUCCGACGUAUAUUUAACGCGGUAACAUAACACAGAAUAAUAAUUACUAAAGGAACAAAACAAAACCUAUUGAUUAUUAUGAGUAGAGAUAUAAAUUUAAAGGUGAAUUAAUUGCACAAAGCGAACCAUGCAAAACAUAUUGUGAACACAAACACACACAGACACACUGAUUAUCAACGCAAGCAACAACCGAACAAAAAAUCAAACUCGAAACUGCAUUAAAUUUGCAGGAAAACAUUGUUUUCAAAGAAUAAGUCCAACUUCCCGAUUUUCCUGGCAGUUUCUUAAUUCUCGUUAAAGUUUGUUCAAUCACAUCCCUUAGUUUCUCGAAUCGCACCCAGCUCUACUUAUGAUUUAGUCGAAUUUUGCACAGUUUUCGCUAAUACCCCAAAUAUAAGUCUUUGUUUCUCCAUGCCUCAGUUGGAUUUUUACAAUUUUUCGAGACAACACAAAAACGAAGCGCGUUCUAGACAUCAAUAACAACAGCAGUUAAAACCACAAUAUUGCAAAUGAAAAUACUUUGCGUCGCACGCACGGGGAAACGAUGGUUUUAUGUUCGUUUUAUUUUUUUUGUGGAUUACAGCAGCAGUAACAAACAAGUGGAAAUAUAUGGCUAAAUACAAUGAAAAUAAUGAACAAAAAUCUACACACAAAUACACAACACUUCAAGUGGAAAAACAAACAAGCAUUUGUUACGCAAAACGAAAAAUAUAUAGGAAUGGAAUGAACCAAGA